AUGAAAUUCCUAAUUCUAUUGGCUAUUUUGGCUCUUGGAGCAUUUGCGACGGAAAUUAACACUGAUGUUAAUUUGAAUGCCGAGCCAGGAACUGAAACCAAAGCCAAAGUGACCACCACUCAUACUAGAACUGUUCAAAACCAUCCCAUUGAUAAAAGAGCUGAGAUGGAGACAAAAAUGAGUUCGGGACCAGGAGCAGAGGUUAAUACUCAAAUGGAUACUGGAGAUCAACAAAUGAGUGCUCAGGCUGAGACAGGAUACGGUAUGGGAUACGGUAUGCGCGGAUACGGAGGAUAUGGUGGAUACUAUGGAUAA